AUGUUAAGAUUUGAUCAGUUAUUUGAACAAGAAAAAGAUUUCAAAGUUGAUACAAAGCGAUUUAGAAAUUUAGCUCCUACCAACUUAAUUGAUGAAACAGUAAAGAAUCUCAAACAAAACAAGUUCGAUGUGACCGUUGUCGAUGAUGCUCAGGCAGCAUUGGAAUUCCUAGAAAAGAACAUCCCUGAAAAUGUUACAUUAAUGUCAGGUGGUUCUGUUACUCUGGAUGAAAUUGGUUUCAAAAACUAUCAGUUUACAACUGAUAAAUUUAAGAAUCUUCAUGCUGAUAUUCUAAAAGAGAAAGAUCCUUUAAAAGCAGACUAUUUGAGAAGAAAAGCUUUGUCAGCUGAUUAUUUCUUAUCGAGUGUAUCUGCCAUUUCCAAAGAUGGAAAGUUAUUUGUUGUAGAUGCUUCUGGAACCAGAUGUGGUGGUUUCCUAACAGCAGCCAAGAAAUUCAAAGUUGCAGUGGGUGGAAUGAAUCGUACACACAUUUUAAUAAUUAAAAAAGUAUUAGGUUAUUAA